AUGACGGCCCUGGAUUCAACUGGUCCAGCUGAGGUUUCACGGCAGGGAAAAAAUAACGACGCCUUUUUGGGGAGAUCGCGGGAUUGUGAAGUCGAACAAUGCAAGUCAAGAGUCAGAACGGGGGUGCUCAACGGACGGAGUACGCAGCAAGACUGGGCGCGGGGGUUUCGUUCGACCAAAGAGAGACCUUUCUCGUCCGUAUCGUAUUUCACGUAUGCAAAGACGAGGCUGGAGGCUGAAAGCUGCGAAUACAGGAGCGCGGGUGUCGGCCAGAUCUGGGGUGUUGAUGGGAGAAUAACCGAAAGCUGGGGUUCUCAGUGGUGCCUGAAGAGCGAGAGCCGAGCUGCAGCGUAUAAUGGCCUUCGCAUGGAUACAUCGAAACGAAGGAGAUGA